AUGGUUGCAGUGGAAAAGUUACCUACCUCUUCUGGCGAAGAAUGUGCAUUCGUUAUUGGAAAGUUGAGAAAUGCCCCAAUCAAAACUGUCAGUAUUCCCCGUCUUGAGCUACAGGGAGCUGUUUUAGCAGCACGUGUUGAUCUUGCAGUGAGAAGAGAACUGAACUUUGAGUUUGAACAAAUGGUUUUUUGGGCCGAUUCCAUGAUCGUUUUAGACUAUAGCCACAACGAGAACAGGCUAUUUCAAACUUAUGUGGCUGAUCGAGUUGGAGAGAUUAGGGACCUCACGUCACCACAACAGUGGAGACAUUGUCCUGGCAAACUGAACCCCGCUGAUGAUGUCAGUCGAGGCCUUAAAAUGAAUGAAUUUCUUAAGGACGAGCACUGGCUGAAAGGCCUUCCUGUACAGUAG